AUGACUAUGACCCACAGCCUUCCAUCGCCCGACGUCGAACAAACCCAGUACGACCAAAUAGGAACCAAGAAUCAUCAACACCAUGAAGUUCUUCCAUUAUUUCCCCCUUGUAUUCAAUUCAUUCGGGAGCAAUUGGGUGACAUUCGUGGUGCCAAAAUUUUGGACUUAGCCUGUGGCGACGGUUCUUUUGCACUGAGGUUUCUCAACUGGGGGGCAAACAGCGUGACUGGCGUCGACAUCUCGCAGCUCAUGAUAAAACGCGCGCAGUCGAAGGCCGAGGGUUGCGCGGGACUCGAUUUUUCCGUCCAAGAUUGUGGGCAGCCAUUGCAAAAGGGAGAGUACGACAUGGUCACCGCCCUCUGGCUUCUCAACUAUGCAAGGGACCGACGAGAGCUCGCAGUGAUGUGGUCCAAUAUUUUCAAUAACUUGAAGCCAGGUGGGCGCUUCGUUGGGAUGGUUCCAAACUUUGACCUGCUCAAAACGCCAAAUAGUUCGCUUGUAGAAUCCGGUACAUACCGCUACGGGGGGGUGGGCAUGGAAUUACUCGAUCACCUCGCCGAUGGAGUGCGUAUGAAAGCCACCUUCAACCUCCAGACUCCCGUGAGCGUUGUCAACUACAUGCUCCACCAAGGUCUGCAUGAAGAGUGUGCACACCAGGCGAAAAUGCGCGACCUGAAAUGGAUACAAAUGCCUGCCAUUGAUAUCAUGAAGCUGGACGAGAAAAGUACUUCGUGCUGUCCUGUUUUCCAGGCCGUCACUGCGACUCGCCCGGCGAAUCUAGACCUACAGGAGGAUUAA